GGUGUUCCAAUCCCCUCCAUAACAUGUGAUUCAGGUGUUCUAAUCCUCUCCCGAUCAUGUGAUUCAGGUGUUCCAAUCCCCUCCAUAACAUGUGAUUCAGGUGUUCUAAUCCUCUCCCGAUCAUGUGAUUCAGGUGUUCCAAUCCCCUCCAUAACAUGUGAUUCAGGUGUUCUAAUCCUCUCCCGAUCAUGUGAUUCAGUUGUUCCAAUCCCCUCCAUAACAUGUGAUUCAGGUGUUCUAAUCCUCUCCCGAUCAUGUGAUUCAGGUGUUCCAAUCCCCUCCAUAACAUGUGAUUCAGAUGAGCCCAACAACAGUGUGUAGAGAGCUUCAUGGAAUGGGUUUCCAUGGC